CCCUAUCGAGCCAUAUGCCACUGGCACUAUUGGCUAUCUUUUUUUCUUUUACAGUGGUCGGACUGAGUGGAUUGUAUCAUUAUUUAUAAAUAUUGUUUAUGAUCUCAACAUUUGUUACAUUAGGCUAAGACAGAAACAUGGCUGACGCAAAAGUCGAAACUAGUACGGAGAUCUCUGCCAAGGACCUAAAAGAGAAGAAGCUUGUUGAAGAGGCAGAAAAUGGAAAAGAGACCCCAGCCAAUGGAAAAGCUGAGGCUGAGGAGAAUGGUGAUCAAGACAAUGAUCUAGAGGAGGAUGAUGAUGAUGUGGGAGAGGAGGAGGAUGAGGAAGAUGAUGCUGAGGUUGAUGAAGAAGAUGAGGACGAUGAGGUUGAGGGUCGUGCAGGCAAGAGGGUGGCAGAAGAUGACGAUGAUGACGAGGAUGAUGUUGGAACAAAGAAGCAGAAAACAGCCGAUGAUUAAGAGUUGUGUGUUCAACCCCCUGGAAGCUGCUGCAACCUCUCUCCUUAAGCGCCAAACGUUUUGGAGGGAAACUGUGGUCAUCAUCAAGUAGAGUUCAACGUCCGUGUACACACACACAAAACUGCAAUUUUUUUUAGAAAACCCAAGACUUCAAAGUUCUACCUUCUUAACAAGAUACAGUACUUUAAAAUGAGAAUUUGUUUGUAUUUUUAUUUACAUUUUAUAUUUUUGUACAUAUUGUUAGGAGGUCAGCCAUUUUUCGACAGUGAUCUCUGGUUACCAAACGGUGCUUUGAAGUUGAUGCUUCUCUAUGAAAUAGACUUUACUUGUGGUGUGACCAUGCCAUGCUAUCUCAACACAAACUUGUACACAUUUCAGAAAACAAUUCAAUUCAAAGCAUUCCAGUAACUUUGUAAUUGUACUUUAGUUGUACCAUACAAAGUUGGUUUGUAUGAGAUGGCAAGGCCAAAGAAAAUAGGUUUAUUUUCUGUCUGUUAAAUGGCUGUCUGUUAUGGUCUGUGUAAUGUAUGUGUGAAUUUCUUGUAUGACAAUAAACCUGAAUUUUAUUUUGUGAGUUCA